AUGGCCUCUAGAUCAGCCAACGCUGCCCGCUCGCUUGUAGCUGUGGUAAGCGCUGCCACUCGUACAUCAAGUCGAAUCGCAGCACCCGUGGCCAGAAGGUUAAGCACCUCAUGCAGCCGCUCAAAUGCAUCAACCUCGUCUUCAGUAACAGUGGAUCAGCUUGGCAAAUCAUCACAACCACUUCCACACAGCAGCAGCAUUCCAUCAUCCAGCACCGACGGCGAGGCUGUUGCGGCUACUCAGGAGGAAAAGCAAUUCGUCUUGCCCAACUGCCUUCUGCCCACCGAAGCGCUUGCUCAAACUCACGGCGUUCACGUCGCAACCCUCCACCUUCGCUGCUACGCCGAUGGCUUGUCGAACCUCGAGCUCUUUGCCGACUUUGCCCGACGAGCUGCUUUUGCUAUCGGCAUUUCUGCUAGCGGUGUUGCCUGUCUCCCCACACGCACAUCACUCUGGACUGUACCAAGAUCACCAUUCGUUCACAAAAAGUCGCAGGAGAACUUCUGGAGGAAGACACACUCACGAGCUAUCAAGCUGUUCGAUGCCAACGACCAGGUCGUGGACCGAUGGCUCCACUUUUUGCGCAUUCACGCCUUGCCAGGUGUAGGUCAGAAGGCUGAGCUUUUCCGAUACCACGAGUUGGGUGUGGGCAGCAAGCUGAUGGAGGAGGCCAAGGCUCUGCGACGCACUUCAAGUUCUUCAACAUCUAAGGAGUCAUCAAAGAAGGAUAUGGCUGUUGCGGACUCUUCCGCUCCAGAGGGGUCGAGUGCAGAGAGCAUCAAGAAGAUUGCAGAUGAAAUUGUCGAGAAGGAGAUGGCGCAAGAGGAAUCGACGGAACAGAAGUGA